UCACGUCGGGGGCUUUCCCGUCUUCAGAGCCGAACUCAAGCUAACGGUAGGAAGGCGCAGUACGGCAGAGCGCUAAUGGUGACUGAAAGGGCGCUGACGUUAGCGAAGUUAGCGGUGUUUUAGAGUAUAACAUAGUGAGAAAUUGCGCCACAUAGCAACUUAAACGACUCCUCAGUUGGUACGCGUGGUUUGGUCUUCUUCGCUAGCUAAUGACAGCCAGCUAACCCAGCUAAUUCGCGUGUUAAUCGUCUCCGUGUUUACCGGGGCGUGAUUCUUAAAAACAAGCGCUCGUUCAAGUUCGAGCAGACUAACAACCACGGCUAAAGCUCGAGUUGGCAGCCUAACGUCUGAGUAACCAGCUAGAAGUCCAGCACACUUUCUGGAAAGACAUCGUUUAUCUUUAUUCGGAUAUUGUAAUCAUUGUAGCUAACCUAGGUGGGUCGGUAGCUUGAGUAACGUUAGCUGGCGCGGCAGCCAACAGCUUCGCCUCUCUGGAGAAAUGUCUAGCUUGUCUGUCCCAGCACAGGAGCAGGGCGAAGGAAAGGGAAAGCUGGAGGCUUCUGCACCACAAAAGAGCAUCAGUCAGGUUGUGGUGCCUGGACAGCAGCCGCAGACCGUCUUCGUGAUUCUGGAUUCAUCAGCCGAGUCUCUCAAUCUCAUCAGCGUGGAGCCUCUUUUACCUGAGUCUGGAAUUGUGGCCGAUAUCGAGGUGGACGGCAUCCUCACGUCCGAUUCGGACACUUUCUACCAGCUGAAGAGCCAGCCCAUCGCUCUCAGUGGCUCAGUUGCCCCCGCUGACCCUGUGGUGACCCCGGGUGCCUCAGCGAUGACGUCGCGGGUGCUGAUGAGGCAGGAGCUGAUGAGGCAGCAGGCUCAAGACCAGGAGAGAAGAGAAGCCCAGCAGCAAGCGUCCAGCGCUCAGCUCCGCCCCACUGACACCUCGCCUGCCAUUUCUGUAUCCUCUGCACUGCCGUCCGCCCGCUCCACGCCCACACAGGUCCCGGUGGAGGUGCUGAAGGUUCAGACUCACUUGGAGAACCCAACCAAGUACCACAUCCAGCAGGCUCAGAGGCAGCAGGUCAAACAGUACCUCUCCCACACCUUCGGCAAUAAGGCCAGUCAAACGCUGGCCAAGUCCCCUUCACCCCAGUCAGGCUCUGCCCCCGAACUGGCCCCCGCUGCCAGCAGCACUCCCAGCAGCCCCCUGGCUGUGCUCAGUCUGGGCUCAAAUAAAGAGGAGAUUGAAGAUGUUAUUGAUGACAUCAUCAGCCUGGAAUCCAGCUUAAAUGACGAGUGUAUGACGCUGAUCGACUGCGGCCUGCAGCUGCCCAGCACGCUGCCAGUCUCAGGAAACCUCCUGGAUGUGUACAGCAGUGCCGGGAUGGCCACGCCCACCAUCACCGUCAGCAACUCCUGUCCGGCAAACCUGCACAACGUGAAGAGAGAGCUGACAGGUGCUUCAGAGAGAGCUGGCAAUGCCGAGACUAAAGCUCUCAUUAAGGAACGGCAGAAAAAGGACAACCACAACCUCAUUGAGAGGCGGAGGAGAUUCAACAUUAAUGACCGCAUUAAGGAGCUGGGAGAUCUUGUUCCAAAGUCCAGUGACCCUGAGAUGCGCUGGAACAAGGGAACCAUCCUGAAGGCGUCGGUGGACUACAUCCGUAAACUGCAGAAGGAGCAGCAGAGGUCUAAAGAAAUGGAACUGAGGCAGAAGAAGCUGGAACACGCCAACCGCACACUGCUUCUCCGCAUACAGGAGUUGGAGAUGCAGGCUCGUCUCCAUGGCCUCCAGGGUUCAGAUGCCACCCUCAUGCAGCAGCAGCAGCAGCAUCAGCAGCAGAUCACGUCUCUGGACUCAGGCAACGAGCCCCUUUCUAAAACCAUCCUCACUCUGGGCGGGCCAGGGCUUAACCCAACCACCACCUCUACUUUACUCUCCCCUCCCCCUUCUGCCUCUCCUGUGGCCGGAGCCAUGACCAUCCCUCUUGACUUCGGAAAUCUUAGCUUCGGUGAGCUGGACGACCCCGGCUCUUCCAUGUUUAACUCCGCCCUAAUGGGGGACAUUGGCCUGGGGGAUAUUUUGAUGGACGAUGGAGGUGCACUGUCGCCAGUGGGGGGCGCCGACCCCCUGCUGUCUUCGGUCUCUCCCGGAGCCUCCAAGACCAGCAGUCGCAGAAGCAGUUUUAGCAUGGAGGAGGAUUUGUGACGGAUGUGAUUCGCAAAAGUUCGGUCUGCGGGACUGUUUUACCGAAAACCCAGCACUAACAAGCAGCCCAGCGUUUCCAUUCCUGCUUAUAUGCCUCAGAAAGUGGCCAGUAAGGGCCAAUGUAUCACAAGGUCAAUUCUUUUUAAUCAUAGUACUGUAAAAGACCCACACACAGUGUGGCUUGCGAUUCACUGCUGAGAUAAGAGACGCUUCACUCCGUAGUUUUUACCUCGUUGAAUUAGAGGUACUGGGGUUUAGAAGAGUUGGUAGGAGCGAAGUAGCAAGAUGAGCCACGAUUUUUUAACAGGACGUAUGAUGCAAGUAGAUGUAUAUAUGGUAGAGUUUAAAAUUAGGGAUGACAAUAAGCACCUCUUUUAUGAUUUUGUGUUUAUUGUACUGUUAUAGAAGCAGUGAUAGGCUAUAGUUCUGAGCACACUGACCCAGAUUUUGCCACCAAACACAAAUAUUAUACAAGCUGACAGAGGGCUUUACAUCGUUUAUAAGAAGAACUGACAAUACUGAAGAUUUCAGCAGACACAAACUGUAAUGACCUGGCAAAGCUGUGUUUGUUUUUCUGUCGUGUUUGAGGUAGAAUUGGUGGCUCUGCGAGGCCAGGGCUCAAACAGUCUGGAGUUUGAGGCUCAUCAGUCUUUUUUUUAGUGAAACAAAAGAAGACGAAUGUCCAAAAAAACAGAUGCAUCAUUGUAGAUCAGUUUCUACCUUCAGAUCAUCUCUCACUAUAUCACAUAGCUCAUAAUUUCAAAGGGAUAGUAGCGCUCUGCUCUUCUGUUUUGUGUUUAUUUGCAUAUGUUUCUGCUUUUGUAUGAAUUGGUGUAAAUCAUGUUUAUAUAAGGAGGCAAUGAGCCUGUAAGGACACUCUUUUAAACGUCCCUCAGGAAAAAUGAACUGAUAGAACGUCACGCAUCCUGUUCAUAUUUGUGUCCAUUUCCUGCUGGGCAUGUUUUUCACCCCCUCUGUGGAACUAAUGAUGACGAUAAUGGAGUCUUUUAAAGCUUGUUUCUGUUUCUGAAGUUGAAGUGAGAGUGACUGAGCUGCUGCUCUGAUUACUGUCCACUGUCAGAUGGCUCCCUGGGGGCUGGGGACACCAAGGCCAUGAAAGCCUGGUGUUUUAUUUGAUGUUUGAUUUACUGAUAUAAAUGUUCUCUUUUAAA